AUGACAGUUAAAUUCACUGAAAAGGCACAUGAUAGGGUAAGCUAUUCUACAUUUAAUACCAUUAAAUUCUUGAUUCAAAGUAAAAGCACUGGAAUCAUUUGGGUAAGAGAUAAAACAAACAUGCAUAGAUCCACUGAUCAGCCACCCAACCAAUAACUCUUUUCCAGAUCUAUUAUUAUACCACAUUCCUGCUGUCAGCAGUGGUUGUACUGGCUUUGGAGUCUCUUGUAGCAAAUGGUAAACUUCAAACUAGUUGCACAUAUAUGACUCAGCUCAAAUUACAUUCAAAUUACACAUAAACUUCAUCUUUUUUAGCCUGUUAUAAAUUUAAGAGUACUAAAUAUUAAUUAAAAACUACAAUUUUGAUCAAGAAUGGAGAAAAUUAAAUCUAGGUGCAUAUGCUUUGCUGCAGGAUAUCAAUUCCAUUACAGUUUCACCUAAUGACAAGCUCCUUGCAACUGGUUCACAAGAUAAAACUGCAAGGGUAGGAAGACUGUAAAUUAUUGUUUUAUUAUUGAUACUGCUUUUCUUAUUAUUGUUCUUAUUACUGUUUUUAUAUAAUGCUAGACAUUUAACUUACAUUUUUAAUAACGUUUGUUAAUUGUCGAGAUUUUUUUAUAAUUUUUUUUGUUGUUAAUGGCCCAAGCUAAGGCACUGAUGAUACAUGAAGUAGAGUUGCAAUAAUUAGAAGUGAUCAUGAUUAUUUUUCUGCAGUUGAAAACUAAUUGAUUAAUACUCUGUUAUCAUGCUCUCGAAAACUUGGCCUCUCAAGCAUGUGAGGAUAGGGUUUCAGGGAAGUGGGCUAGAAAAUUGGGGUGAGGGAACUCCCUUGGUUCCCAUUCUAUGUCCCUAACUACGUUUUUUUGACCCAAGAUACUAGAAGCAGUACAUAUAAUAAGAAGAAGAAGAAAAAGAAGAGGAGGAGGAAGAAGAAAGUUCUUUUUUACAGAUGGCCAGUGUCACACAAUGUGGUUUUCAAUAGGGCACUGCAUAUAAAAAAUAAAAUUGCUAAAAUACAGUACUAAAAAUGACAGAAACCUAAUAUUCAAAAAUCAAAUGAACUAAGAAAAUUUCACACCUAGGAAAUUGUAGUCUUUCAAUGCACCAUUAAAGUAUCUCAGCAAUCCCCUGUUAGUUUUGAUCUAAUAGUUCUAAUAGAUUCCUUGGAGCGAGAGUUAUGGCUGUGAUAGUCUAAACCUCGGAUAAUCGUGCUGUUUCUUUCACUGUCAUUAAUAAUAAGACUUAAAAAGACAGUGUUGCAUUUGCUUUCUGGUUUAUAGAUUCAUCCAUUUCAGAUCUGAAACUACUUCAGUGGAAAAAAAGAAUGCGGUGCUCAAUCCAGAACUAUCUUGGCUGCCUUACUUUUCAUGACCAUUGGUGACACAGAUCUUCCUUGCAUAAACUGGGAAUCGAUGUUUGAUCAUGUAGAUGUUACAAAGUUAGAAACGAGGCAAUAAUGAUAAAUUUGAAUUAACCUGUAUUAUAUUAUUCGCCACAGAUAUGGGUUAUAGCAAGUGGUUCAUCGUUAGGAACUUUACGUGGUCACAAGAAAGGUGUUUGGUGCGUAAAAUUCUCACCUGUGGAUCAGUGCCUAGCCACAUCAUCUGCUGAUUCCACUAUCAAGAUAUGGGCCUUGUCUGAUCUGACAUGUGUCAAGACAUUUGAGGGACACACAAGUUCAGUUUUAAGGAUAUGCUUUAUAACCAGAGGGAUGCAGCUUAUAUCAAGGUACAACCUUUAGUAUUAAACUAGAAGGUGGAUGGUAAAUUAAUUGAAAAAAAAGUAGCAAAACAAAAUAAUCAUUCUUCCAAUAAAACUUCACAUUCAUUUUAUAGCCAGUUGAAAAAAAACCUAAUUUUUCACUGCACUACUCUUGGUUUCACUUUCCUGGUCAUCUGAGGAAUGAAAUCCUCUCUAGGUGUCCCUUUGUGGCAUUUUUGGACAUACAACUUUAGUGAUAUAACACCACUUACAAACAAAUUGCACUUCACUAUAUGGUGUAGCACUGUCUAGCUGAAAGCACUGAGAUUGCAAUUUGAUAUGUAAUAAUUGUUAUUACUUAAUACAACUUGAAUGUCUUUUCACAUGAUAGACCUACUUAACUGAAGUGAUAGGGACUUCCACAAUAAAGAUAACUUAUUUUCCUGAAAGCUGGAGUCCUUUUAGUGAUGUGGUUACUGCCUCAGCUGCGGUUGUUGCUGUUGAGUGAUUUUGUGCGUUUUGAAAUGGUUUGGCAUGUAUGUUUGACUUUCCAGUGGCUCUGAGGGUCUUCUCAAGUUAUGGACAAUAAAAACCAAUGAAUGCAUCAAGACAUUUGAUCAGCAUUUAGAUAAGGUAACAGUAGUUCUAAACAUCAAAACUGAAAUUAAACCUAGUAAAAACAGGAAAGAAUAAAAAAACAUAAAAUAUCUUGGAAAAAUAAUGUUAACAUUUUAAGAGGUGUUACUUAAUAUGCUCAUCAUGACAUAAGAUUGAGGUAGAAAAAAAUUCCAGGGGCCCAUUUCUCAAAAGUCCUGGUAACUUUUUGGGCCCAAAGGCAAAUUUUAAAAUAAAAACUGUUGGAAUAGUACCACAGUUCCUACCUCACAAAUUGGUGAAUUUUGCUUCAUUAACUGAUAGUUUGAUUGUAUUAUUUAUAAAAUUAUUGAAUUUUUGAUCUUGAAUGCAAACAUGGCAAACAUAAAACAGUUUUUCGGGCCUGAAAAGUGUUUGGUCUUUCAAGAAACAGGCCCCAGGUCCUUACAGAGACUUUUUCUUGAGAGACUGUGCAAACAAUCCCCAAUUUAAGUUUUAACCUAGAGUUUUAAUAAAAUUGCUCUUGACUUUUCCCAGUGAUGUAAGAUAUAUGUUUUGAGGCCGGGACAUGGAAGGGUGAAAGGGUAGACUGCAAGGAAGGAGGAGACUCAGAGAGAAAGACAGCUGUCAAUCAAAAGUUGUAUUAGGAGUUAGUGCAAACUUGUGUUUCCUCUUUCCUUUCCACUUACCUCUGGCUCUGCAGUCUGAGACAACUGAGAGCGAGUCAGGGUUUAAAGACCAUUUUAUUAUUUAAUUAUGGCAAUUCUUAAAGUAAUUAAUGACAAAAACUGUUUAAAAAUAUUAUGUGUGCUGUGUAGGUCUGGAGCAUAGCAGUUAAUAAAAGUCAAGAUCAAAUUGUUUCGGGAGGUGCUGAUUCAGUGAUUAACGUCUGGAAGGUAAACAACUUUUACUAAUAAUAGAAAAGUAGAAAAAGAAGCAUAAAUAACAGUAGAAAAAGAAGCAUAAAUAACAGUUUCGAUUAUCAACAAAUAAUUAUUGUUGAUAAUUUCUGGGUUUGCAGGAAGUCUUUUUUGAGGGAAUAUUUUUUCUAUUUUAAUGAAGUACAUGUAUGGGCAUGAAUGUAGGUAAGACCAUAUUGAUUGUACUACAACUACCAGAACUGUUCAGUCUUUCUUUAUCCUGUAGUCAAAUUGUGCAUGAAGGAUAUCCUUCAGCAUAAAACCUGAUGUGAAUACAGCAAGAUAAGAUUGUGUUUUAACACAUGGGGCCCAAGCACUAGUGUAGGGUUCUUAUUGCUCCCCAGUGGGGGUGGGGGGGGGACCUAUGGAUUUCAAGUGAGGGGGAUGAUCGAAGGACUUUUUUGGAUUUGAAAUUUUUGAUUCUGGGAUUAUUUUGUGGGUGGAAAAAUUUGGCAAGUAUUUUUUGCGUGGCUUGAUUUAAGUAGGGAUAUUUUGGAUAUUCAAACAAUGCGAAGAUUCGUGAUGGUGCCCACAUAUCUCCAAAAUUUAUGAGGCUUGGAAAUUUAACAUGGGAUUUUUUUUAGGUUUAUGUUUGGUCCAGGGAUUUUUGGGGGUUUUGAUAUUUGCUCCCAUUUGAUCAUCCGUGCAGUUUGAAAUCCAAAGUACCCUCUUUGGUAUUGCUCUCUCAGGUGUUUUGCCUUAUUGUCAUUUUUUUUUCCUUUGCCAGGAUGUGAGUGAAACUGAAAAGGAAGAGGCACAAGCUGCAUUAGAAGAGAAUGUGCUAAAGUGAGUUCUAUGUGAUAUUAUUAUAAUAGAUAUUAUCUCUGAAUCAUUACAAUAGAACUAUUAAAUAAAGUGUUUCAACUUUCUGUUUACAGUCUAAUCUUAUGUUUAUCUUAAUCUGCUUAUCAGAGUUAUGUAAUUACAUUAAUUUAAUGAAAAGCAAGUUUGUCUGCUCUCUAUUCAAGAUGACAGAUUAAAUCCUGCAGCUGAUUGUAGAUGAAAAAUUACUUAUGUUGAUGAAUUAAUUUUUCGUGUACAAUAACAGUUGCUUGGUUAAUGUACAAUGACUGGACAAACCUGUUGGCCUUCAAAAGAGCAAUCUGAUCGAAUUCAAAGAUGCAUGGUAAAGGAUCCAACCAUUGUAGUCUUAAUUCUGCUCUAUUAAUCAUGGAGAAGGAUGCUAACUAAUGUAGUUUUAAUAUUGCUUAUCACAGUCAAUGAACCAACCAUUGUUACGUAGUUAUAGUAUUGCUCUAUACUUUUGGUGAAAAGUGCUUGGAGGUUGUCAACCCAUUUGGUGAUAAAUUAUAUUGUCCCAUACUAAUCAGUUAAAGUAUGUGGUCUGUGCUUGAGGGGCAACUUAAAGAAAACAAAUCAGUUAGCCGUUUAUACAGCAGAGGCGGCAUAGCCCAGUGGUUAGAGCACUUGUCUUGUAAUUCUGAGUUCCAGAGUUCAAGUCCCGCCCUGACUGCUAGCUGGGUUUGUUCACGGUAGUCCCCAGUUGAAAUCCUCAACCAUGCUUGCAAAAAGCCAGCUGGUUUGCCUCCAGCCAGUUGUGAUUCUUAACCCUGUUAUGUUUGGUGUAGACUAUUUGUUUUAGCCAUAAAUAUCCACCAGCACUAGUGCUAUAAAAUAAUACUGCCGAGGGUGAGGGUGUAGCAGUUAUCAAUAUUGUUUCCUCUGUUCAUAAAUAUCUGUCUUUGAGAUUUCUUAGCUAAACCAAAGUGGAUGGAAUUAUCACUUAACAGCCGACAGCUAAGUUCUUUGUUGAUGCUUUUAAAAUACUGAAACUAUUUUGGGAGCUAAUAACAUGCUAGAUUGGUUAAAUAAUAAUAAUAAUUAGUAGACUAUAUUACUAACCGUAUAUUGGCAUUGAAAGUUAUUAAGUUAAUAUUAAGUGUGCACAGACAACAGUGGCAUAUCAUGCAUGAAUCAUUGUGAUGUAUUUGUCUUGUAGACAGCAAGAGUUGUCCAAUCUCGUCAGUGGUAAGAAAUACCUUGAGGCUAUAGCUUUGGCUAUUACACUCAACCAGCCUUUUAGAGUUCUUAGCAUCAUUAAAGGUAACUGAUCUCAAACUAAAUUUUUUCCCUUUAUUUAAUUAAACAGGGUUAAAUUAUCACUUGAAAAACCACAAAGAACCAUCUCUAGAGGGCUAAAAAUACAGUCAAACCCCACUCAAUGGAUACCUGCUUAAUAUGGACACCUUGUUAUCACAGGCAAUUGGCUUUGUCCCCAGGGAAAGAAAGCCCUUCCUUAUAUUUUCUCUAAAUUCAACCCACUUUGUACCCGUGGACACUUUCUAUGGCCCCCUCAGUGUCCGCUGUAUUAAGGGGGUUUGACGGCAGAGUCUUAAGACAAGAUGUCACACCUCAAUUUCAGCAUUUGUAACCAUUCUGUAAUAAAAGCAGAAUGGAGGCAAGUAAUAAUGAAAUAAUGUCCUCAAGAUUAAGUUGUCAAUAACUAACUGUGGCACUGAUAUUAUGAAGAUAUCUCACAUUUCUUUUAACUGUCCAUCCAUCGUACUUUUUUUUGUAACUAUAAAGGUUAAAUAUUUUAACAAGAUGAAUUUUGUUGCACUGGAGGAUUGGUUACUUGUACUCAAGCUUAUUUGGAAAUUGAAUUUAGUUGGUGAUUAUAUGUUUGCACUUCACUGUAGAUGUUCUUCUUGUUCAGAAUGGAUUGGAAGAAUUAACAAAGGCUGUUACAUCUUUUAGGGAAGAUCAGCUUGGUAUGGCCAGUAUUAAGUCAGUUUUUAUUUUAGCUAGAUAAAUCGCUCUAAUAUACUUUCUUAAAAUUAUGCUGAAAAAAUGACAGUACUAAUUCUUCAAUCAUCAGUUUCCCUAUUUAUAUGAAAACUAAGCUCUAGGCUUAUCUUUUUAAGGAUGCAUUUGAUUUGUAAUUUUAGCAUGUUAGCAUGAAUAUUAUUAGCAUUUGCUUAACUUAUUGUUAAAUGGUAAGGUAGAUUUUUACAUAGUUAAUAGUAGCUAAAGUAUUGUAAAACACCAUGGACAAUUAAUGGAGUAUGGUGGACCAUAAAUGCAUUUUAAUUUUUCAUUAAGUUUACCUUAUCUGUGUUGUAGAUGUCAUCUUAAGGUUUCUUGUGGAAUGGAAUACCAACUCCAAGAAUUGCCAUGUUGCCCAGACAGGUGAGAAUUGAUUUACUACGGGUUGAAGGUAUCUUUUCAACCUGUCCCUUACGAAAUAUUAUAUAAUUAACAAAUACAAUAAACAAUUAUUUCAGAAAUAUUAUGAUAGUACCAGUAGGUUAAUUAUGGGGUGUAUCCUAGCUACCAUAGUUUGGAUCCUAUUAACUCUUCCUGAGAUCUUAUAUCCCCUCAGUAGUAGCCUGUUCCAGGCUCUCAGAUAGUAGGGAAGGCAUGAAAGAGCAGGGAAGACGUUAGCCUGGGACCAGGCUCUGCAGUGGCUCUGCAGUCCCAAAUAAAAUCAACUUUUGGGCUUGUUAAUAAUUUCACCAUUACAGUUAUAAUGACUCUUGAUGGUGACUGUGCCUCAUGUAGCACAAAGUAUGUCCUGAGCCAUGCCCAUGAUUUUUGUAUCAGGGGAGGGCUGGGCUGAUAUGGGAGAGACUGUAAAAAUGACAGUUUCCAGAUUUAGAUGUCCAGAGGGGUUGGCAUUUCCGUUACCCCCCUGAAAGUUUAUAGCUGAGCGAGUGACAAACUGAAUUGCCAACGAGAACUACCGUAAAUUGAUCUGCAGUUCACAGUCAAAAAAUCAAAUUGGUAGUUCUUUUCUUGACAUGCUAAAGUUGUAUGUACAUGCAGCACUACCUUUAUGUAACUUUAGCUGUGUAUAUUCUUCUUUUUAGUUUUGUCAAUUAUUCUAAAAAACAAGACACCAUAUGAGUUGAUGAACAGGCCAAAUAUGAAAGAGACUGUGGAGGCUCUCAUCCCUUACAGUGGUUUGUUUUUAGUUCACAGUAACUGUUUCUAUUUAGUCUGUCUUUGUUCUGGGUGACUUGAAGGCUGUAGGGAGCAAAAGUCAGUUUGACUUUGUGGGGGAUCACGUUACAUAUGGCUCAAAUCAAGGAAAAAUUAAAAUUAGGUUGAAUUGUCAGGGUUGUGCUCUAAAUUAUUCUAUGACUAAUAACUAUCACCUUAGUCAAGUUUGUUUUCCGCUUGUUUGUACAGCCAAGGGCUUUGCUGGAAACUUUUAUGUCACACAACUUGUUUUAAGUCAUUUACUUGCCUUUGUACUAUGUAAUAAAAGUUAUCCCUAGCAAGGCACCAAAGGAAUCAAGACCGAACCUUUUUAGCGUUAACUUGGAGUACUUCAUCAAGUUGCUGUUGUUUUUUCUCCAGCAAUCAUAUUGGCUGCAUGGAAAACAGUCUAAUAGCCUGCAAAUGUGGACAUAUAAUUAUCUGGUCGUCGCUUCACCUUCUCUCCGAAGAGAAGGGAUGAGCAAAAAUAGGUCUGCGUACACAGGCUAACAGCCUUUCAGAAGAACAGGUUAUUGGACGAUUGUACCAGUGAGACCAAUAACAAAUCCUUUUGGCCAAUGUUUCAGGAGAAAAGAAAAUCUACAAUAGGUUGUUACAAUAGGUUGUGAUCUGUUGUUAAUCCUUUAUGAACCAACACUAGUCUUGUUUUUCUUCCUAGUAGCGAUCCUCUUUAAAUAAGCAAUUGGAUCAGGGAUGUCUAUUUAAGCUAACCUGAUUUAUUCAUCAUUGCAGAAAAGCACUUUCAAAGGAUGAAUCGGCUUUUACAGGCAAGUUUGAGCUGUAAAGUGUUAAGUUAGUUUUGUCUGUUUUGCCAGAACAUCAUACUAUGAGAGUUAAUAUAACUUACAUGUACACUUUGUGAUAUUGUAUAAAAAUAAUGCAGGUUAUGUCAAAAUUGGUGGAAUGAUCCAUAUUUUCGUGGCUGUGUAUCAGCGUUCAUUGCAUUUUAAGGCAGAACAUUGCAAUCGCGAUCACCAAAGGAGUUAAUGCAUACUGUGAAACCUGUAUUAAGCGGACACCCUCUGUUAAGUGGACAGUAGCCAAAGUCCCCAAACUUAUUUCCCUUAUUUACUUUAAAUGAAACCUUUAUUAAGCGGACACUUCUAUUAAGUGGACGCAGACACCUAAAAAGUACCUAAAAAGGGCCAUUUCUAUUGUUGCCAACCUGUAUUAAACGGACACUUGUAAUUAAAUUCCACCACCCAACAUGCCAGACACCGGAAAUGCGAAAGAUUGCCUCGAAUUGCCACCCACAAAUUUUUCAAUUUUUACAUUAAAAAACGUGACUUGACGAACUUAUUUGAUUAGUUUCACAGUACAGGAUUGUUUUCUAUUUCGUUUUGUUUGUAUAGAGCUUGUUUCACUCAUCUGAUUUCUUCAAAUUUGAGUUUCAAUCCAUGUUUAUGGUACUAUGAUCAAUAUUGGUUCACUUUGAUAAAGAAAUUAAUGCAAACAUCUAUCGUCAUAGUUUCUGGGAGUAUUAUAAACGCUUCCACUGUUCAUUUGAAUGGCAUUUGACACCUCAUAAGACGUAUUAUAUCGAAACCUGUAUUAGGUGGACACCCUGUAUUAAGCGGACACCACAGCAUUCCCCGAGAGUGUCCGCUUAAUACAGGUUUCACUGUAUUCCAAAGCUUGAUACAGUGCAUGCAUUAUCAAAGAUCUCUUGCAGAUUUUUGUAGUCAUUGCACAAAUGGCAAGUCACACCACAUUUUUUUUUCUCUUUGAAAAUGACCAUUGUGGUGUAACUUCACCUGUUUGAGAUGCUCCAGCACAUAAACAUUUUUGUCAUAAAUUGUCGGCAGUUUAAAUUUUAUAAGACAAAUGAACUUGUGUGGAUCAGGACUGUAGUGUAUGAUGUUGCAAUGGUGAUGGCCAUUGUGAGAAAGCUUUCAAAAACAAACUGUCUUCAAUUUUGAGUUAGGUUUAGUCUAUUCCUUAAUUUGCUGGCCUCUUCUUGUUCAUUAGUUCUUAUUUUUUUCAACAGCAAAUGGAGUUCAUUGAGUACACCUGGCAAUCAAUGAAGCUUUCAGCUCCUCUCACCAGUCUCCCUCAGUAAACAUCAUUUUACUGUUUGUUCUUUGUUUUGUGUAAUACGGUUCACUUUGCCAGUUUAUUACAUGUACAACUGAAUUAAAGCUACUUUAGUUGCAUUUAGUUGAAAUUUAUUUUAUUUAACUCCUACACGUAGAAGUAAUUGAGACGAAUGCAUCAUGUUACUUCAUUUUAUUUAAACUGAUGUUUAACUCCUUGAUGUUUAACAUUCCCCAGCAGCAGCCUUAGCUUGGGCUAUGGUGAUAUGAUCAAUUCAUUAAAAAGUCACUGUUGUUGAUUUUAGGAGCAUUGGAGAACCAUCGCAAGCUGUAUCUACUAGCAGUGGUGCUGAGGACUGCAGACUAACCAGGAGUACUGAUAAUUCACCAGAGGAUCAUCAGGCAUCUGAAAACAUUGAUUUACCAUCCUCUCCAGUGGAAGUAAACUACACAAAUGGCCGACAUACUGAAGAAACCUCAGAAGAAGAA